AUGAACAAGCGGUCUGGGGAACCACCACAAUCGCAACCAUCCACGAAAAGGGUUUUGUUGCGCGGCCAUGGCGGAAUAGAAGCGAAAGCACAGCCUUCAUUCAUGGGCCGGAUGGACCCGCCAGCAAAGAAAGGACCACCGCCACCUUUAGCAGAUCCUAACGACGUGUUUGAUAAAAUGCUCUCAAGUUUUGGUGACAACUCCCAACUGACACUUGAUCUAGUUGAAAUCUCACUCUCCGGUGAUGAACUGGACGGCCAAACUGACAUCGACGAAUGGGAUGACAUCAAUGAUUUGAAAUUCAGAUUGGGGUCAUCAGUUGAACCAGAAAAGGAUUCGAAACUGAUACAAUGCGGUCUCAAGCUUAACAAAACAUAUGGAGGAGAUCGAAGUAUCAAGUUAGUUGAUGAUUAUGUUGAAAGUGACGAGGAUGUUGAACCAGAAAAUACUAUAACGAGUUCAUCGGUGAUAGACCUCAAGAACGGUGCUCUCCAAGGUCAAACGGAUGAUGAUAUCGAUUAUUGGCGUUCACAAUUGUCACGAGUUGAAGGGCAGGUUGAGCUAGCUCUUGCCCAUUUGGAGGAAGGGAAGGAUGUGAAACAAAUAGUACCCGAUCUAAGCGAACUUAUUGUGAGCGAAAGCGAUGAGAGUAUUCGAUGGCUUGCCGCAGCGAAUCUUUCUUGGCUUGGGGAUCCAGAAGUCGUUUCAAAGGCAGUGGCAGCUCAACUUUGCCAAUUGCUCGCCAAUCCCCUAGACCCAGAUUCAGUGAAAGUACUGAAAUUUUACCGUACCCAUUUAACCAAAGUCGUCUCAUCAGUUACAAAAACUGAUGUCAUCACCAAGUUCGGUUGA